AUUUUUUUUUCUCGUCGUGUCUGUGUGUGCUUAAUUAUUUGUUGUGAAAAUUAAGCGCUAUUCGUGUGAAUAAAACGUUAAAAAUUUGCAUUUAACUGCAAGAAUGGCAUCCGAAGAAGAUAAUGAUGAUAAUUUUCAAGAAGAGGAAGAGGCUUUAGAGGAUAAUGCACAGGUGGCCGAGUUGUCCAAUGAUUCUGAUGCUCCCUUAAAACCAAAUAAUGACGAAGAUGAUGAUUACGAUCCCGAAGAUAAUCGUAAGAAGAAGAAGGGCAAGAAACGUAAAACCAAAAAGGGCGAAGAGAAGGGUCGCAAAAAGAAGAAGCGCAAGAAGAAUGAAAGCGAAGAGGAUAGCGAUUUUGUUCAACACGAUGAAGAAGUGGAAUAUCCCAGCACCUCAUCGAAACGUGGACGUAAACGCAAAGAGGAGAAGCAAGCCGCCAAGGAGAAGGAAUCAUCGGCAACUUCAGGCAUGCCCUCUGUGGAAGAUGUGUGCUCCGCUUUCAGUGUCUGCGAUGUGGAAAUCGAAUACAGCGAAGAGGAGUUGCAGAAUUUGACCACAUAUAAAUUGUUUAUGCAACAUGUGCGUCCCAUAUUACAGAAGGAGAAUCCCAAAAUAGCGGCAGCCAAACUGAUGAUGUUGGUGGCCGCCAAAUGGCGUGAGUUCUGCGAAAGUAAUCCGCAUAUCCAGCAGGAGCAGCAGGGACAAUCGGGACGUAGCAAUUCGGCAGGUGGUAAUGAUGAGCCCGAGGAGCCGCGUUCAUCGCGCUCAUCGCGCAAUGAGAAACCCGAUGACAUUUACGAGGAGGCCGAAGAGGAGGAAGAGGAAGAGGAGGAGGAAAAGAAGCCCCGCCGCAAACGCAGCGGACGUGGCAAGAAGGUACGACGUCCAUUGAGUAAGGUACCAACAUUGAAGAUUAAGUUUGGCAAGCGUAAACGCGAUAGCUCCGACGAUGAGCAAGAUGCCAGCGGUGCAUCUGAACGGGAUUCGGAUUUGGAAUUUGAGCGAAUGCUCCAGAAAUCGGAUGACAGUGCCGAUGAGAAGGAGGCAUCAACUGCGGCCUCCAGUAGCAAGGCGGACAAGGAAGCCGCAGCAGCGGCAUCUGCAUCAUCGGCAGCGGGAGGAGCCACACCGGCGGGCGGUGAUGAUGUGCCCGUGGUGAGGAAGAAGGCAAAGACCAAGAUUGGCAACAAGUUCAAGAAGAAGAACAAACUAAAGAAAACCAAGAACUUCCCCGAGGGCGAGGACGGCGAGCAUGAGCAUCAGGAUUAUUGUGAGGUGUGCCAACAAGGCGGUGAGAUUAUUCUAUGCGACACCUGUCCAAGGGCAUACCAUUUGGUUUGCCUCGAACCGGAACUGGACGAGCCGCCAGAGGGCAAAUGGUCGUGUCCGCAUUGCGAGGCCGAUGGCGGUGCCGCCGAAGAGGAGGACGAUGACGAGCAUCAGGAAUUCUGUCGCGUAUGCAAGGAUGGCGGUGAAUUGCUCUGCUGCGAUUCCUGCCCGUCGGCCUAUCACACAUUCUGUUUGAAUCCACCGCUGGACACCAUACCCGAUGGCGAUUGGCGUUGCCCGCGCUGCAGUUGUCCACCGCUGACCGGCAAGGCGGAGAAGAUUAUCACCUGGCGUUGGGCUGUCCAUCGCAAUGCCGCCGGUGAUGAGCAGCCUUCGACCUCGAAGGGAGCUGCCAAGCCAUGUCGCAUACGAGAGUAUUUCAUUAAGUGGCACAACAUGUCCUAUUGGCAUUGCGAAUGGGUCUCGGAGGUGCAACUGGAUGUACAUCAUCCGUUGAUGAUCAGAUCCUUCCAGAGGAAAUACGAUAUGGAGGAGCCACCCAAGUUCGAGGAGUCACUGGACGAGGCUGACACCCGCUUCAAGCGUAUCCAGCGGCACAAGGACAAGGUGGGCAUGAAGGGUGGCGACGACGAUGACGAACAGCAGCUGGAGGAGAAAUUCUAUAAGAAUGGUGUCAAACCCGAAUGGUUGAUUGUCCAGCGUGUCAUCAAUCACAGGACUGCGCGUGAUGGCAGCUCCAUGUAUCUGGUGAAAUGGCGUGAAUUGCCAUACGACAAGUCCACCUGGGAGGAAGAGGGCGACGAUAUACAGGGCCUAAGACAGGCAAUUGAUUACUAUCAGGAUCUGCGGGCUGUUUGCACAUCCGAGAAUACGCGCUCCAGCAGCAAGAAGAAUAAAAAGGGACGCAAAACCAAGUCCAAGGUCGAACUCGACGACGAGGAUCGACCAGUUAAGCAUUAUACACCGCCGCCGGAUAAACCGACGACAGAUCUAAAGAAGAAAUAUGAAGGACAGCCGGCAUUCCUGGAGAACACGGGCAUGCAAUUGCAUCCGUAUCAGAUUGAGGGUAUCAAUUGGUUGCGCUAUAGCUGGGGCCAAGGCAUCGAUACCAUACUGGCCGAUGAGAUGGGUCUCGGCAAGACCAUUCAGACGGUGACAUUCUUGUAUUCAUUGUACAAGGAGGGCCAUUGCCGUGGACCAUUUCUGGUCGCUGUGCCGCUCUCCACUCUGGUGAAUUGGGAGCGUGAAUUCGAAUUGUGGGCACCGGAUUUCUAUUGCAUCACCUACAUUGGCGACAAGGACUCCCGUGCCGUGAUACGUGAGAAUGAGCUGAGCUUUGAGGAGGGCGCCAUCAGGGGAACCAAAGUGUCGCGUUUGCGCACCACUCAGUACAAAUUCAAUGUCCUAUUGACCAGCUACGAGCUAAUCUCCAUGGAUGCCCCAUGUCUGGGCAGCAUCGAUUGGGCCGUCCUCGUGGUUGACGAAGCGCAUCGUCUGAAGAGUAAUCAGAGUAAAUUCUUUCGCAUUCUGAACAGCUAUACGAUUGCCUAUAAACUGCUAUUGACUGGCACACCAUUGCAAAAUAAUCUGGAAGAGUUGUUCCAUUUGCUGAAUUUCCUGAGUCGCGACAAGUUUAACGAUCUGCAGGCUUUCCAAGGCGAAUUCGCCGAUGUGUCCAAGGAGGAGCAAGUGAAGCGUUUGCAUGAAAUGCUCGGACCGCAUAUGUUGCGUCGCCUCAAGACCGAUGUGCUCAAGAAUAUGCCCUCGAAAUCGGAAUUCAUUGUCCGUGUGGAGUUGUCGGCCAUGCAAAAGAAAUUCUACAAAUUCAUCUUGACCAAGAACUAUGAGGCAUUGAAUUCCAAGAGCGGUGGUGGUUCCUGUUCCCUGAUCAACAUUAUGAUGGAUCUGAAGAAAUGCUGCAAUCAUCCAUAUCUGUUUCCCUCAGCUGCCGAAGAGGCACUCACCUCGGCUGGUGGCCUCUACGAGAUCAACUCGUUGACCAAGGCGGCCGGCAAAUUGGUUUUACUCUCCAAGAUGCUAAAGCAAUUGAAAUCGCAGAAUCAUCGUGUACUCAUCUUCUCGCAGAUGACCAAGAUGUUGGACAUCUUGGAGGAUUUCCUCGAGGGGGAGCAAUACAAGUAUGAGCGCAUUGAUGGCAGCAUUACGGGAGCAGUGCGUCAGGAGGCCAUCGAUCGUUUCAAUGCGCCGGGAGCUCAGCAAUUUGUCUUCCUGUUGAGUACUCGUGCCGGUGGUUUGGGUAUUAAUUUGGCUACAGCCGAUACUGUCAUCAUUUAUGAUUCGGAUUGGAAUCCGCACAAUGACAUUCAGGCCUUUUCGCGUGCCCAUCGUAUCGGUCAGGCGAACAAGGUGAUGAUCUAUCGUUUUGUCACCAGAAAUUCGGUGGAGGAGCGUGUCACCCAAGUGGCCAAGCGAAAGAUGAUGCUCACCCAUUUGGUUGUGCGUCCCGGCAUGGGUGGCAAGGGGGCCAAUUUCACCAAGCAGGAAUUGGACGAUAUUCUGCGUUUCGGCACCGAGGAUCUCUUCAAGGAGGAUGACAAAGAGGAGGCCAUUCAUUAUGAUGACAAGGCGGUGGCUGAGCUACUGGACCGCAGUAAUCGUGGCAUUGAGGAGAAGGAGUCCUGGGCCAAUGAGUAUCUCUCAUCGUUCAAGGUGGCCUCGUAUGCCACCAAAGAGGAGGAGGAGGAGGAGGAGACAGAAAUUAUUAAACAGGAAGCUGAGAACUCAGAUCCCGCCUAUUGGGUCAAAUUGUUGCGUCAUCACUACGAGCAGCAUCAGGAGGAUGUCGGACGUAGUCUGGGCAAGGGCAAGCGUGUCCGCAAGCAAGUCAACUACACAGAUGGCGGCGUUGUGGCCGCCGAUACGUCACGCGACGAUUCCAACUGGCAGGACAAUGGCAGUGAAUACAAUUCAGAGUAUUCGGCCGGUUCCGAUGAGGAUGGCGGCGACGAUGACUUCGAUGAGCAGAAUGGAGGCGAACGCAAGGCCAAGCGAAGAUUGGAGCGUCGUGACGAUCGUCCAUUGCCGCCAUUGCUGGCCCGGGUGGGUGGUAACAUCGAGGUCCUUGGCUUCAAUGCCCGCCAGCGGAAGAGUUUCCUCAAUGCCAUCAUGCGAUAUGGCAUGCCGCCGCAGGAUGCCUUCAAUUCGCAGUGGCUGGUCAGAGAUUUGCGUGGUAAAUCCGAAAGGAACUUCAAGGCCUACGUCUCACUCUUUAUGCGUCAUCUGUGUGAGCCCGGUGCGGAUAAUGCGGAAACCUUUGCCGACGGUGUACCCCGUGAGGGUCUCUCCCGCCAGCAUGUGCUCACCCGCAUUGGCGUCAUGUCGCUUAUCCGCAAGAAGGUGCAGGAAUUCGAACACAUCAAUGGCUAUUACAGUAUGCCCGAGUUGAUAUUGAAGCCAUGUGAGCCAGUUCGUGCAUUGACCAAGGCGGAAACAGCUGCUGCGGCAGAAACCGCAGCUCCAGCGGCAGCGGCAGCGGCUGCUGCCAAGCCAGCCACAACCACGGAGGUGGAUAAGAGUGCAACCACUAGCAACAGCGCAACACCAGCUACAAGUGCUGCUCCCAGUCCGGCUCCUGCUUCAGAAAAGGGAGAGGAUAAGGAGAAGGACAAAGACAAAGACAAAGAUAAGGAUAAGGAUAAGGACAACAAAGAGAAGGAGGCAGCCGAGGCAAAGGAGAAGGGUACACCCGAAAAGACUGCUGAGCUCAAGCAAGAACAGACCGAGAAAACCGCUGCUGAUGCCUCUGAGGCUUCUGCUGACAGCAAAAAAUCAACAUCUGCUGAGGUCAAGAAAGAGCAAGAGGCAGACGAGGCCACCGCUGACAGUUCCGCAGCCGCCGCCGCUGCCGCAGCAGGAGAAGUUAAAUCCGAAUCGGAGGUCAAAACAGAGACAGCCAAGGUUGAACCCAAGGAGGAAGCAGCAGCAGCAGCAGGAGGAGCUUCUACUGCCGCCGCCGCCGCCAAGGUUGCAACCAAGGAAGAGACCAAAAAAGAAGACGAUGAGAAGGAGAAGCCAACAGCAGCAGCAGCUCCAGCAGCUCCAGUUGAGGACAAGAAGCCCACAACAAUCAUUGACGACGAUGAUGAUGAUGUGAUGAUUGUGAAAGAAGAUGGCGAAUUGGAAAAGCCCAGCGCCAGUUCACCCAAGGAUCAGAAGGCUAUAGCAGCAGCCGCAGCGACAGCUGCCACUGCUGCUGGUGGUGGUGGUGCAGCAGCCGCAGCGACUGGAGCCACAACUGCCUCGGGCAAAUUGGUUGAGGAUAGCCUGGAAGUGCUUAAACGUAAAUUCAUGUUCAAUAUUGCCGAUGGCGGUUUCACUGAACUGCACACCCUCUGGCUGAACGAGGAGAAGGCAGCUGUGCCCGGACGUGAAUACGAGAUUUGGCAUCGUCGUCAUGACUAUUGGCUGUUGGCCGGCAUUGUUACCCAUGGCUAUGGCCGUUGGCAGGACAUCCAGAACGAUAUACGUUUCGCCAUCAUCAACGAGCCCUUCAAAAUGGAUGUGGGCAAGGGCAAUUUCCUGGAGAUUAAGAACAAAUUCCUUGCACGGCGUUUCAAGUUGCUGGAGCAAGCUCUGGUCAUUGAGGAGCAAUUGAGGCGUGCAGCCUUCUUGAAUCUCGCCCAGGAUCCCAGCCAUCCGGCUAUGUCGCUCAAUGCCCGGUUCGCCGAGGUCGAAUGUCUGGCUGAAUCGCAUCAGCAUCUGAGUAAGGAAUCGCUGGCUGGCAAUAAACCAGCCAAUGCUGUGCUCCAUAAGGUGCUCAACCAGUUGGAGGAGUUGCUAUCCGACAUGAAGAGCGAUGUGUCCCGCCUGCCGGCCACAUUGGCCCGCAUUCCCCCGGUGGCUCAGCGUCUGCAGAUGUCUGAGCGUUCGAUUCUAUCACGAUUGGCGGCCACGGCCGGCAAUGCCUCCAAUGCGGCACAACUGAUGGCUCAAUUCCCGGCUGGAUUCCAGGGCACAACUUUGCCGGCCUUUACCGGCGGACCGGCUGGCAAUUUUGCAAAUUUCCGACCACAGUUCUCUGUGCCCGGCCAGCUAUCGAAUAACUCGGGCAAUUAAGUGCGCGGCAUCGCAUCGCAUCUUCUCCUGCAUAAACACACACUUCUUUUGUCCUUUAAUCUCUAACUUAAAAGCAUUCAUAUAUUCCAUAAAUGGAAAAAAGAAAACACUACAAAAAAAAAAAAGAAAAGAAAAAGAAACACAUAUUUUACUCAAGCUUAGAAUUUACAAACAAAUAUUUAUCAUAAUCAUUAUUUGCAAUGAAAAUGCGCUAAGAAAAAGAAGAAAGAAAGAAAGAAAAACAGAAGAAGCAACGACGACGACGACAAAGAUGAAAGAGAAAACAAAUUACCAUUUCCACAUUUGACACGAAUCCACAAAUCCAACCCCCCCACCCCACCCAUUGACUUUGCUGGGUGGUGUGUGGGGAGGUUAACAAUUAAAUAUAAUGCUUACUUAUCGUGUUAAAAAUCAACAACAACAACAAACCAACCACAAUAUUCUCUAGAUACAAUAUUAUAAAUGUAUUGAAUUCCAUUGCAAAAAACA